AUGGCAACACUCCGCCUCGUCUUCUUCGUCACUCUUUUGGCGGCUAUAGUAUUAGCUGCCCCAGCCUCGCAGAGGAGGACAAUCCAGAAACGGUCCUUCAAGGUCCCGCGGAGUCUCAACCGGAACCAUCCCCGGGGGCUCAAUGGCGCCGAUGCUAUGAGGAAGGUUUUCAUGAAGUACAACUUCAAGGGAGGCUUCAUUUCCGCCUUCAAGAACGGAGAGAAGUUCGACGACUUCAGGGUGGCCGCCCAAAACGGCUCUGCUUCCAACAGCUCUGGCACUGUUGCUGCCAACCCAGAGGACAACGCCGCUCUGUUCCUGUCGCCCGUAGAUAUUGGUGGCCAGACCCUGAACCUCGACUUCGACUCUGGCUCAUCGGACCUCUGGGUCUUCAGCACCGAUCUCCCGCAGCGAGCCAUCGGACAACACACGGCCUUCGAUGCUUCCAAGUCCGCCAACUUCAAGGUCAUGCAGGGCGCACAGUUCUCCAUCUCUUACGGCGAUGGCUCCGGAGCUGCUGGCACUGUGGGCACGGACACUGUGACUAUUGGCGGUGUCAGCGUUCAGAACCAGGCUGUUGAACUCGCCAAUGCUGUGUCGCAGUCCUUCGUUCAGGACACCAACACUGACGGUCUUGUCGGGCUUGCCUUCUCUCAGCUCAACACCGUCAACGAUGGCCAGCAGAAGACCCCACAGAAGACUUUCUUCGACAACGUAAUGGGUGAUCUGGACAUGCCCGUCUUCACUGCAGACCUUGAUCCUGAUGGCACUGGUGUGUACGAGUUCGGCAAGAUCGACGCGACGAAGUUUCAGGGCGAGAUGGCAUGGAUUCCCGUCAACGCUUCAUCCGGUUUCUGGCAGUUUGCCUCCACCAAGUUCGCUGUUGGCGACCAGGUGAUGGACAACCCUACUGCGUCCGACGCAAUUGCCGACACCGGAACCUCCCUCUUGCUCGUCGACCAAGCCGUCGCAGAGGCCUACUAUUCUCAAGUCCAAGGCGCCCAGAACAACGCGCAAGUUGGUGGCUUUAUCUAUCCCUGCGACGCCCAGCUCCCCGACAUGUCCGUUGCGAUCGGCGACACUUAUAUGGCCAAGAUCCCCGGCAACCAAAUCACCUUUGCGGCCGUCGACCAGGCCAACACGACCUGCUUCGGUGGUGUGCAAGGCAAUCAGGGUGCUGGUCUUCAGAUUUUCGGAGACACUAUGUUCAAAGCGCAGUUUGUGGCCUUCAACGGUGGCAACCAGUCGCUUGGAUUCGGGGAGAAGCCCCCUGUUGCGUAG